GAAGCAUCAGUGAGCAAGCAUGAGGCAGUAUUUCCCUGAUUGAGAGCACUGCUGAUAGAUUGUCUGUCAUCUGAAUCUCUUGUCACUCAGACAUGGAUAGAGGAUUUCACAGAAAGGUGGACGUUCCAGACCAUGUGCACUACAUCAUGGCCUUCUUCGUGGCAGUCAUCGGGGCUCUGGGCAUCGUCGGGAAUGCCCUGGUCAUGUACGCAUUCUUCUGUAACAAGAAACUACGCUCUCCACCCAACUACUUCAUUUUCAGCCUUGCUCUGAGCGAUUUCCUCAUGGCCAGCACUCAGUCGCCCAUCUUUUUUGUCAAUAGUUUGUAUAAGGAGUGGGUGUUUGGGAAAACAGGAUGUCAGAUAUACGCCUUCUGUAGUGCUCUAUUUGGCAUAACUUCAAUGAUUACUCUAGUGGCCAUCUCCAUCGAUCGCUACGUAGUAAUCACCAAACCCCUGCAGGCAAUCAGGUGGAACUCUAAACGUCGGGCGCUCAUCAGCAUCCUGAUAGUCUGGAUUUAUUCUCUGGCCUGGAGUUCAGCACCCUUACUAGGAUGGAGCUCCUAUGUUCCAGAAGGCCUCAUGACUUCUUGUACAUGGGACUACAUAACGUCAACGCCAGCUAACAAAGCCUACACACUCAUGCUAUGCUGCUUGGUCUUUUUCGUCCCCUUGGGCAUAAUAUCCUACUGCUAUGUCUUCAUGUUUUUAGCCAUUCAAAACACGAGCAGAGAUGUAGAGAACCUGGGCACACAGAAGAGGAGUACCACACUGGUUCAACAGCAGUCCAUAAGACGAGAGUGGAAACUGGCCAAGAUCGCCUUUGUGGUUAUUGUCGUAUUUGUACUGUCCUGGUCACCGUACGCCUUCGUUACUCUGAUCGCCUGGGCUGGGUAUAGCAGCAGUCUGACUCCAUAUUCCAAUGCAAUACCUGCAAUCAUCGCCAAAGCCUCUGCCAUUUAUAAUCCUUUCAUCUACGGCAUCACUCACUCCAAAUACAGGGAGACUCUGGCUGAAAAGGUGCCAUGUCUAAACUUCUUAAACAAGCCUCGCCGUAAGCAAAGUGUCACUGGAUUGACCAGCAAAUUCUCUAUAAGGAAUUCAGUAUUCAGUAUGCGAUCAAUAGAGUCAAAGUUAAAGCUCCCCUCAUCUUCACAGUUCACUGGACAGACAGUUUGUAAUGAUACAAUGUUGGAUCCGUCGGCCCAUCAAGCUCCACUUGUCAAGAGUUCACAAUCAGCUAACCAGCCACUGGAGCAGGAGCAGAGUCGUCAACCUCAGCAGGAAAUCAUCUUGAAAAACAACCAGUUUGAAGAAAAGCCAGCCUCUUUGGAUGGAGUUUCACUUACAAUCUGCGAUCAAGACAUGGUGGCAAGUCAGGGAGAGGAUCACAAGGAAGACAAUGGAACGGACGAACGGAUCUUUGCCUCGGAACAUUGCAAGAACUGUUUGAAGACCCUUAGCCGUAAACAAGAGAAUCCCAAAGACUUUUCUGAAAACAAAGGUAUGCCAGAAAUAAUCAGCAGUCAGUCACUGCCAGGUCACUCAGAGAAUGAUCCGUCUGAUGAUAUUAGGUAAAAGAUGGAGAAGAGAGCUGUCCAGACCAAAAAGCUGUCCAGAUCAACCUACUGCUGGGACUGUACCCACCAGUUUCCCUAGAGUCUCUGGCGAUUCUUCACCUUACCCAAGCACAACCCUAGAUAUAAUUCUGCUCAUCCAAAUCUUUUAGAGUUAUACUGUUUAUUCAAAUCAGGUAUUAAAUCGCAUGUUGGGUGAGUUGAGUUCCAUUUUGAUAACGAGUUUGGUUACAAGGGGGACCUCAUAAAAAAAAAAUCAGUGAGAAAGAAAGAGAAAAACCUCCGCCUCACUUUGACAGCAAGAUUUUCCUGCUACCCCUUAAAAUAACUCCCCCAGCAGUAGGUUUAUAGCAGGGAAUGAACACUUUCCUACCACUGCAUUAACCAGCUUGAAUAGUGUUCAUUAAAGUUCUUUAAAACAAUGUGUAGGAUUAAAACAUACUUAAUUUUGUUGAAUGAUUAAGAAGAAAAGCUAUUUAUCAACCGAUUGUUGAUUGCAAAAUUUUAAGAAUUUCACCUACGCUCCUGCACUAUAUUGCCAUAGCACAAACCUAACCCAUGCGACUUAAAACCUAACAUGACCUGACUGGUUACGUGUUACCAUAGAAUCGGACUCUGGAACGUUUCGUGGAGACAACGCUUUGGCAGUAUUUUUUACCCACCACAUGUUCAUGUACUCUACUACUCCUUUGCUGUCAGUAUUUAUACACCAUUAGUUACAUCAACUGUGCUUUUUAACAAUUUGUCCCAUUUCACACCACACUGCUCUCCGUGUCUCCGCAACAGCAAUGCAAUGAUGUCACUUUGGGCAACUUUCUAACCCUGAUUUUAUACAGGAAAUCUAGGACAAGAGCAAUUAAUGGUAAUAUGGCAAUAAACUUAUCAAAGCAAUCUCUGGAACAUCAUUUAGAAGAGUACACAAGUCUAAACCUUAAACAAACUAUUUGACUUUUUUUAGCAGUAAUUUAUUUGGCCUAAGUUUUGAUUGGUAUUUUAUUUCCACGCAUUUUUACCGUGUUAGAAACACUUUCAUCUGCCUGUCUAGACAACAGUGUGCUAUAUGCACUUACUGUGGCUAACAAAAAUCUUUUAAUCGCAAGCACAGGCACCGAAAUAUACUGUACGGGGAGAGGACAGAAUUUAGUUUUUAUUAUUAGUUUUUUAUUAUUUGUUUGUCUGCACCUACAGCCGUCUCUCACUAUGGCUUUCAAUGACAAUGAUGGCCUUCUGUACUUUACUUUAGAUUACAAACUGAAAUUUCCCAUGAACAGCUACCAUGGGAAGACUUCUGACUUUAAGACUUCACAACAGCAGACUUUUUUACUAAAAUAACUAAAAAGGAAUUAAGAAUAAGCCAAUCUGAUCAUGCAACUGCUUAUCAGUCAUUUUUUCAAUUAACUAACUAUAAAAAAUGGGCAGAUUUUGCAACCUAUAAUUCCUAAACAAUUAAUAAUAAUAAUUGUUUAAAAUUGUUUAAUGAUCUAUGGGCUGCUCCCGUCGGAAGGGUCGCUGCAGCACAAAACUCGGCACACAGGUUUUACACUGGAUGCCCUUCGUGACAUAACCCUCCCAUUUUAUCCAGGCUCAGGAUCAGCACUGCAUCCAGGGCUGGGAAUAGUUUUUUUUUUUUUUUAAUUUAAGGUAAAAUCUUAAUUGCUUUGUUUUAAAUCCAUUGUGCUGCUGUACAGAGUGUAAAUUUGAAACUUGUAAAUCCAGUGAGAGAAGCAGAUUAUUUGUGUGGUUUAAACCACAUGAAUCAUAAUGCAAUAUUUCUCAGAGAUAGCUUUAUUGCUUUGUGGCAUCAGCUGGGACACUUAUUUUAAGUGUCCUAGUAAAAAAUUCGCCAUUUGAUUUCUUGCAGAUGCUGGUUUAAAGGUCCAGUCAGUUUAUAUGGAACGUUCCCAUUGGAAAUGAAAUAUUGUGUUAUACAUUCCAAAAUGUGAAUAUAACGUUACUGGUUAUGCACCAAGUGUCAGUCAAGCUAGAAAAAUAACACAUCAUACACGGUUUGUUAGAAUUUUACACUUACUGUACAUUAUGGUUUCCUUAAUUUCAGUAAUUCACUGGAUUAUUUACCAUGAAUAAACCACUGCAUACUUUUUUUUACAACAAUAAUAAUGAAAUCUAUUCAUUAUAAACCAGUUUCUUUUUCUGUCGGCUUUUUUUUUUUGUCAUGUUUUAUAUGUGUUUGAAUUGAACAGAUGUGAUCUAAUUGUGUGAGCUGUAUUGAACUAUUAUCAACUUAGUACAUAUGGAGUAACAAGGUAAAAAAAAAAGUGCUAACCACUACACCACCGUGCCCAUAUGUAUUAUUAUUAAAAAAUAAUAUAUUAAGAUAUCAUAGAUUUUAUCAAUUUAUAGUGACAUUUAAUGUUGUGAAAUGUCUGUAAAAUAAGUUGAAAUAAGUCCCAGGU